AUGGCUUUGAGAGUGGUUCAAUCGGGAGCCAUUUCGACAUCGAAGAUGGUUGCGUUGAAGAGCUCCGAGAACGUGAUCUUCAAGGUGGACGAGUUGGUCGCGGUGCAGUCACAAACCAUCAAGCACAUGAUCGAAGAUAACAGUGUCGACACUGUCAUUCCUUUACCGCAGGUUAUGGGUCAGAUCCUUGCAAAGGUUAUCGAGUACUGCAAGAGGCACGUUGACGCGCCCAAGUUUGAAGACAAGGCCGCGGAGGAAGAACUCAAGAGUUUUGAUGCCGAGUUCGUCAAAGUGGACGCGCACACGCUGUUCCAUCUUAUCCUGGCAACCAAUUAUCUGAACAUAAAAAGCUUGCGGGAUUUAACAUGUCAGACGGUGGCUGACAUGAUCAAGCGGAAGACCCCGGACAAGAUUCAAAAGAUUCUCAACAUCCGGACGGACAUCCCUCCGGAGGAAGAAGAAAAGGUCCGCAGGGAGAAUGCGUGGGCAUAUGAAGAGGUCGGGGUCCUAUCUUCGAUUGCCUUCAAUAUCAAGAAUGCGCGGGCAUUUGAAGAGGUCGGGGUCCUAUCUUGGAUUGCCUUGAAGAUCAAGAAUGCGUGGGCAGUUGAAGAGCUCCACCGUGGCACUAUAUUUUGUGUCUUAUUUCUCUCCUUUGUGAUAGGUAGCCGUCUAAUUCAUCCUACUACUUUUGGAUGA